AUGGAGAUUCCAACUUCCAGCACUGUGCAGUCUCUGAAUGCAACUGGCUCUUCCAGAGUACACGUCGGCAAUAGCUUCAACGUAACCCAUCAUCAUUACCAAAAUCUCGAGCAAGAUGGAGUCAAGAAGUACUUGGACGCACUGCGGUCCACCAAUCCUCGCGACGAUAAAGCUAGGAUCGAACAGACCAAUGGUGGUUUGUUGAAGGAUUCGUAUACAUGGGUUCUUGAGAGCCCAGAGUACAUCUCUUGGCGCGAUGAAGGCGAGGCGGGUGGGCUUCUAUGGAUCAGAGGAGAUCCUGGCAAAGGGAAGACAAUGCUACUAUCUGGCCUUAUCAAUGAACUGCAGCAUUCCACGAGACUAGAGAACCCGCGCAAUCGCAACACAAUAUCCUACUUCUUCUGCCAAGUCACAAAUCCUGGUUUAAACAACUAUACUGCCAUAUUAAAAGGACUUAUUUACCUACUAGUCAUUCAACAUCCGCCUCUUGUUGCGCAUCUAGACGAUAAGCACGGAUAUGAUAAAGAUCACUGGAACUUAAAAGUAUCAUUGGAAGGCAUCUUCCGCAAAAUCCUAGAUGAUCCAAGUCUCGGCGAGAUAUACUUGCUCGUAGAUGCCCUGGAUGAGUGCGUUGAAGACCUUCCCCUACUCCUGGCAUUUAUAACAAGUACGUCUUCAUGCGCAAAGUGGAUUGUAACGAGCCGCAACCGCUGUGAAAUUGAUGAGAUCUUUCGACGAACACCCUCGAAGAUUGCACUCUCUUUGGAAUCCCAUGAGGCAUCUGUCUCUGAGGCUGUGAACAGUUACAUAAGUUACAAAACUCGCCAAUUGGCAGAGAGAAAGAAACUAAAACAGCAGAUAUCGCAAGAACUUUAUGAUCACCUGUCUCAGAGCGCACAGGGUACCUUUCUCUGGGUGGCUUCGGUGUGUCAACGACUGGAGAGAUGCCGAGCCUGGGAAAUUCCCAACCAACUACUUCAACUUCCUCGAGAUCUCAGUAAGCUUUAUGCGCAGAUGAUAGACCAAAUCCGCGAGUCAGACAGCUGUGAUCUUUACAUGAGGGUUCUUGCCGUUGCGUCAACGGCUUUCCGUCCUCUCACCUUUGCAGAGCUAAUAGCUAUGGCAAGCCUGGACAUCGAUGAGGACAUAUUUGCCGAUCUUAUAAUGGAAUGUGGUUCAUUUCUGACGAUAAAAGGCAAUAUUGUCGUAUUUAUUCACAAGUCUGCUAAAGAAUUCUUGCUCAAAGAAUCAAGCGAAUCACUUUCCGAUCCCGGCUUGCUCAACAUCCAAGAACCACCAAUUGUGCUCUCCGAGCGGAAAGUUGAUCAUAUUUCAGUACAAUCCAGAUGA